UCGCGAUUGGUUGGCGCCUUACAGCCGCUCCAGCGGGGAAAGAGACCUGGGGGCGAGGAGGUUACUGGCUUGGGGUCGCAGCGACCAUUUGGAAGCGUCUGGCAAUUGGUGGUGUUGGGUUCGCGAUCUGUGUGGUCUUGACCUCCAGAGACUAGGGUCUAGGGUUUUUAUUUUAAAGAGGAGUUUGUUUGUUUGUUUGUUUGUUUUUGCGGGGGGUGGUGGUAAUGGACUGAAUACUGAUUGGGACGUUAAUUGGAACAUUACAGAUGUGAAGAGCAGAAUAAAUUCAUGUUCUUCAUCCUUCAUGCGGUCCAUUAGGGUACUUUCAUUGUUCAAGUCUCACUCAGCCAGUGUGGCUGGCAAAUUUGGGCCGAUCUCGUGCUGAGAGUGGGAAGUACUGCAAGCAUUUUAAUACUAGGCCAGGAAGUUCGAUUACUGUUCAAGAUGGAAUUUCUGAAGACCUGUGCACUUAGCAGAAGUGCACGCACAACGGUUUGCUUCUGGAGAAGCCAAGUUGUACGAAAGCCUCGCAUUAGAAAGAUCAGUACUACCUCUGCAAAAAGUUCUGUUAUGCCCGCUUGGGUGAUAGAUAAGUACGGAAAGAAUGAAGUGCUUCGAUUUACUCAGAACAUGAUGAUACCUGUCAUACAAUAUCCAAACGAAGUCAUUAUCAAAGUUCACGCUGCGAGUGUAAAUCCCAUAGAUGUUAAUAUGAGAAGUGGUUAUGGCGCCACAGCUUUAAAUAUGAAACGAGACCCUUUACAUAUUAAAAUGAAAGGAGAAGAAUUUCCCAUGACUUUGGGUCGGGAUGUCUCUGGUGUGGUGAUGGAAUGUGGACUUGAUGUGAAGUACUUCAAACCUGGAGAUGAGGUCUGGGCAGCAGUUCCUCCGUGGAAACAAGGCACCCUUUCAGAGUUUGUUGUAGUCAGUGGGAAUGAGGUCUCUUUCAAGCCUAAAUCCCUCACUCACACUGAAGCUGCCUCUUUGCCAUACGUGGCUCUCACAGCAUGGUCUGCCAUCAACAAGGUCGGUGGUCUGAAUGACAGAAAUUGCACAGGAAAACGGAUUUUAAUCUUGGGUGCUUCAGGCGGAGUUGGUACUUUUGCUAUACAGGUAAUGAAAGCAUGGAAUGCUCAUGUGACAGCAGUUUGCUCUCAGGAUGCUAGUGCGCUUGUCAAGAAGCUUGGGGCAGAUGCCGUCAUUGACUACAGAUCCGGAAAUGUGGAAGAGCAGCUGAAGUCUUUAAAAUCGUUUGAUUUUAUCCUUGAUAAUGUCGGUGGAUCCACUGAAACGUGGGCACUGAAGUCCCUCAAGAAAUGGUCAGGGGCCACAUAUGUGACGUUGGUGACCCCUUUUCUCCUGAACAUGGACCAGCUGGGCAUAGCCGAUGGCAUGUUGCAGACAGGAGUCACCGUGGGUUCGAAGACAUUAAAGCAUUUCUGGCAAGGAGUCCAUUAUCGCUGGGCCUUUUUUAUGGCCAGUGGUCCUUAUCUAGACGACAUCGCAAAGCUGGUGGAUGAGGGAAAGAUUCAGCCCGUUAUUGAGAAAACCUUUCCAUUUUCUAAAGUUCCAGAAGCCUUCCUGAAGGUAGAAAGGGGACAUGCACGAGGAAAGACCGUCAUCAACGUCGUAUGAAUAAACAGUCAAUUUGGUGA